GUAGAUCCUCCAGAUCUGUCUAAUGACACUGAAUACAGUCAGAGGCUUCAGUAUCUGGGAGAUAAACAGCAGAUCUGCACCAUCAGACUGCAUGUGACACUGAAGGAUUCACACAAGUACUAUUUCAGAUUCAUCACUGAUAAAGAUGUUGGUAAAUGGAUUGGUACUCCAGGAGUGUCUCUUACUGUCACAGAUCUUCAGGUGGAGUCUCCUGAGAGAGUGACAGAGGGAGAUUCAGUCCAUCUGACAUGUAAAAGCAGCUGCACUCUGACUGACAGAGCAACAUUCAUCUGGUACAGAAACUCACAGCCAUUAACUGAGAGAAGAGACAGAAACAAUGAACUCCUGCUGCAGUCAGUCAGAAGAGAGGAUGCAGGCAGAUAUAGCUGUGCUGUACACGGACACAAUCACAUCUCUCCUGCUGUUCAGCUCAAUGUCACGUACCCUCCAAAGAGUGUCUCAGUGUCCAUCAGUCCAUCUGGUGAAAUAGUGUCAGGAGAUUCAGUGACUCUGAUCUGCAGCAGUGAUUCAAACCCUCCUGCAGAAAUCAGCUGGUUUAAAGGAGGAACGUUUGUAGGAUCUGGAAGAAUCUACAGCAUCUCAAAGAUCAGCUCUGAUGACAGUGGAGAAUACAAGUGCAGAUCCAUCAAUGAACAUGGAGAGAAAUACUCUGAUAAUGUGACUUUAAACAUCAUGUAUCCUCCCAGGAACGUCUCAGUGUUGAUAAAUGGAUCUGGUGAAAUAGUGUCAGGAGAUUCAGUGACUCUGAUCUGCAGCAGUGAUUCAAACCCUCCUGCUCUGAACUUCAGCUGGUUUAAGGAGAAUGAAAGCUCAGCUGUUGGAUCUGGACAGAGUUUCAGUGCACUACAGAGUGGACGCUUCUACUGUCAGGCUCACAAUCAACAUGGAUCUCAGAGAUCAGACGCUGCAACUGUCACAGUUCAUCAUGGUGCUGGUAGGAAUGUGAUUGUGAUCGCAGCGGCAUCUGGAGGAUUAUUCACCAUCAUUAUCAUCAUCAUCAUCCUCUUUAUAAUGUGA